ACGAAACUCGGGCGGCUGGUGCGUCCGUCCAACAUGGCGGCGCACCUCAAGAAGCGCGUCUAUGAAGAGUUCAGUAAAGUGGUGGUCCAGCAACAGCAGCAUGAAGAAAUUUCAGCGAAGAAGCUCCGGCUGACCAAGCCAAGCAAAUCGGCGGCACUCCACGUGGACCUGUGCAAGGCGACUUCGCCAGCAGAUGCUUUGCAGUACCUGCUUCAAUUUGCCAGAAAACCAGUGGAAGCGGAAAGCGUGGAAGGAGUCGUCCGCAUCCUGCUGGAGCACUUUUACAAGGAGAAUGAUCCUUCCGUCAGACUGAAGGUUGCCUCUUUGCUGGGUCUGCUGUCAAAGACACUGGGGUUUUCUCCUGACUGCAUUCUGGACGAUGCCGUUAACACGCUUCAGAACGAGAAGUCCCACCAAGUUCUUGCUCAACUGCUGGAUACCCUGUUGGUGAUUGGGAAGAAGCUACAAGACAGCCCUGCGGUGAGGCUGCGCCUGGUGGAUGUAGCCUGCAAGCAUCUGACCGAUUCCUCCCACGGGGUAAGGAACAAAUGCCUCCUGCUUGUCGGCUGCCUCGGCACGGUGGAAAAAGGCCUCGUGAAAGAAGCGGAAGGCCAGCCUCCCAAAGAUGUCCAGAAGAUCAUUGGGGAUCACUUCAAUGACCAGGAUCCUCGGGUGAGGACCGCAGCGAUCAAAGCGAUGCUUCAGCUCCACGAAAGGGGAUUAAAGUUGCAGCAAACCAUAUAUAGCCAGGCUUGUAAACUCUUAACCGAUGACUACGAACAGGUCCGCAGUGCUGCAGUUCAACUCACGUGGGUCGUCAGUCAGCUUUAUCCAGAAAGCAUUGUCCCAAUCCCUUCCUCCAACGAAGAAAUCCGCCUAGUGGAUGAUGCGUUUGGAAAGAUUUGUCACAUGGUCAGUGACGGGUCGUGGGUCGUGAGAGUCCAAGCAGCUAAACUACUGGGAUCUAUGCAGCAAGUUAGUUCUCAUUUCUUAGAACAGACCCUGGAUAAGAAGCUGAUGUCGGACCUGAGGCGGAAACGCACAGCCCACGAACGGGCCAAAGAGCUUUUCAGCUCCGGCGAGUUCUCAAGCGGCAGAAAAUGGGGGGAUGAUGCUCCCAAAGAAGAAAUCGACACUGGAGCCGUGAAUUUAAUUGAAUCGGGAGCCUGCGGGGCAUUUGUUCAUGGCCUGGAAGACGAGAUGUAUGAGGUUCGGAUCGCCGCCGUUGAGGCGCUCUGCAUGUUGGCCCAGUCCUCGCCCUCUUUUGCGGAGAAAUGCCUCGACUUCCUGGUCGACAUGUUCAACGACGAGAUCGAAGAAGUGAGGCUGCAGUCGAUUCACACCAUGAGGAAGAUUUCCAACAACAUCACCCUCCGAGAGGAUCAACUGGACACCGUCCUCGGUGUCUUGGAGGAUUCCUCCAGAGACAUUCGGGAAGCUCUCCACGAACUGCUGUGUUGCACCAACGUCUCAACGAAAGAAGGCAUCCACCUUGCCCUGGUUGAGCUCCUGAAAAACCUCACCAAGUACCCUACGGACAGGGAUUCUAUCUGGAAGUGCUUAAAGUUCCUGGGAGGCAGGCAUCCCACUCUGGUCCUUCCACUUGUUCCUGAACUGCUGGGAACCCAUCCUUUCUUUGACACCCCGGAACCUGACAUGGACGACCCAGCCUAUAUUGCGGUCUUGGUUCUCAUUUUCAACGCUGCCAAAACCUGCCCGACGAUGCCGGCGCUGUUCUCGGACCACACCUUUAGGCACUACGCUUACCUGCGCGACAGCCUCUCUCACCUGGUCCCUCCCUUGAGAUUGUCCGGGAAAAAGCUGAUGUCCUCGCCGGCGUCCGACAGCCUCGCGCUCCAGGAAGACCCUUCCCAGGAGUUCCUGCAACAGAGCCUCGAAAGAGUUUUCAACCUUCAGCAUCUUGACCCGCAGGGCGCUCAGGAGCUGCUUGAACUCACCAUCCGGGACCUCCAGAGGUUUGGAGAGCUCCAGUCCGACCUGGCUGGGAUGGCCGACUUCUCUGCCGCGUACCUUCGAUGCCAGCUGCUUCUCAUUAAGGCUCUCCAGGAGAAGCUGUGGAACGUGGCAGCCCCCCUAUACUUGAAGCAGAACGCGCUGGCCUUGGCUGCGGCGAAACAGAUUAUGGAAGAAACGUACAAGAUGGAGUUCAUGUACAGUGGUGUGGAGCAUAGCCAGGUGGUCAUCAUUCACCACAUGAGACUUCAGGCGAAAGCCUUGCAGCUGAUAGUAACAGUGCGGACUACGAGAGGAGUAGAGCCUUUCUUUGGAAUGUGUGAGAAGUUUUUGCAAGAAGUGGACUCCUUUCAGAGAUGUUUCAUUGCUGAGCUCCCUCACAUGCAGGACAGUUUUGUGGACAAACUCCUCGACCUAAUGCCCAGACUGGUCACCUCCAAGCCGUCGGAAGUAGUGAAGAUCCUGCAGGCAACGUUGCGACAGAGUAGCUUCCUUCGCCUCCCUCUGCCAGAGAAGAUCCACAGAGCAACCGCCACCAUCAUUGAACCGGCAGGAGAAUCGGAUAACCCCCUGCGUUUCACUUCAGGAUUAGUUGUUGCUUUGGACGUAGAUGCAACUCUGGAACAUGUCCAGGAUCCACAGGGCACCGUUAAAGUUCAGGUACUAUAUCCUGAUGGUCAGGCCCAGGUGAUCCACCCUAAACCGGCAGACUUCAGAAAUCCUGGGCCAGGAAGGCACCGGUUAAUUACGCAGGUCUACCUCUCCCAUACUGCCUGGACAGAGCCUUGUCAAGUCGAAGUGCGGCUGUUAUUGGCGUACAGUUCGGACAGGAACCGAGCGCCCACGAGGCUUUCGCGGCCCGCCUGGGGGGACAACACGGAGCUCGUCCCGCAGCCUGAGAAUGGCACCGAAGGAACCCUCCCGUUCAGCAAACCCGUCAAAGUUUACAUCAUGCCCAAACCUGGCAGGCGGUGAAGCCGGUCACUGAACAGACUUUUAAAAAAAUUUUUUGCCGUGAAUGCUGCGAGAGAGUUGAGACGCUGCUGAAUCUCGGACGGGACAUGCGUCUAGGACCCGGCUUUCCCCAGCUCUGGUGGCUUCUGGAAAUGCUGGCUGGGGAUUCUGGGAGUUGUGAUCCAACACGUCUGGAGCUUGGGGACAUCUGAUGUACGAGAUGAAAUUGGGCCUACGGUGCGACGAAAACGCUGCUCCCUCCUCUCUCAAACGUGAGCCGUUUUCUCUGAGAACAUGGGAGGUGUGAUGGACUUGUGGAAGUGGGAAUAGCUUGGGGUGGUCAGAGCUGGUUUUGCCUGAAGGUUCCUCAGCUGCCCGAGCAGGACCAGGGGGCUCCCAGGAAGGCUCCUCACUCAUACUAUGGAAAUUGCUCUCCUACUUCUUCCGUAACGGCGGCCUGCUGUUGGGAGAGGAAGCCCUAGCUCAGCCUUCCUCAACCUGGG